GGCCGAGCUAGACCAAUGAGGAGGGCCAAGGGGUUGGUUUGCUUGUUCUCACGCCCAACCCGCAGACUCAACCCAAGGAAAGUUUCGCUUUUAGGAGGGAGAGGAGCAAACAUGGCAGCGCAUUCGUGGCUUCGGUGUAUCUCUGCAACCAUUGCGUUGACGCUGCUACUGGUUUAUGGGCUUCCCUCAGCCUCUGCUCAAAGAAAGAAGGAGAUGGUGUUAUCUGAAAAGGUCAGUCAACUGAUGGAAUGGACCAAUAAAAGACCUGUAAUAAGAAUGAAUGGAGACAAGUUCCGUCGCCUUGUUAAAGCCCCACCAAGAAACUACUCCGUUAUUGUCAUGUUCACUGCUCUCCAACUUCAUAGACAAUGUGUUGUGUGCAAGCAAGCUGAUGAAGAAUUCCAGAUCCUGGCAAAUUCCUGGCGAUACUCCAGUGCAUUUACCAACAGAAUAUUUUUCGCCAUGGUGGAUUUUGAUGAAGGCUCUGAUGUAUUUCAGAUGCUAAACAUGAACUCAGCUCCAACUUUCAUCAACUUUCCUGCAAAAGGGAAACCCAAAAGGGGUGAUACAUAUGAGUUGCAGGUGCGUGGCUUUUCAGCUGAGCAGAUUGCCCGGUGGAUUGCCGACAGAACUGAUGUCACUAUUAGAGUAAUAAGACCUCCAAAUUAUGCUGGUCCCCUUAUGUUGGGAUUGCUCUUAGCUGUAAUUGGUGGACUUGUGUAUCUUCGAAGAAGCAAUAUGGAAUUCCUCUUUAAUAAAACUGGAUGGGCUUUUGCAGCUUUGUGCUUUGUGCUUGCUAUGACAUCUGGUCAGAUGUGGAAUCAUAUAAGAGGACCACCGUAUGCUCAUAAGAAUCCCCACACAGGACACGUGAAUUAUAUCCAUGGAAGCAGCCAAGCCCAGUUUGUAGCUGAAACACAUAUUGUUCUUCUGUUUAAUGGUGGGGUUACCUUAGGUAUGGUACUUCUAUGUGAAGCUGCUACAUCUGACAUGGAUAUUGGAAAGCGAAAGAUAAUGUGUGUGGCUGGUAUUGGACUUGUUGUAUUAUUCUUCAGUUGGUUGCUCUCUAUUUUCAGAUCUAAAUAUCAUGGAUAUCCAUAUAGCUUUCUGAUGAGCUAAAAAGGAUCCCAGCGAUAUGCAGACACUGGAGUACUGGAAAUUGAAAAAUGAAAAAAGGGCGUGUGUGAAAAGAAGAACGCAAUUUGUGUAUUUUGUAUUACCUCUUUUUUUCAAGUGAUUUAAAUAGUUAAUCAUUUAACCAAAGAAGAUGUGUAGUGCCUUAACAGCAAUUUCCUGUCAAAAUCAUGAAGUAUUUGGAUACAAUUUUUUUCUUUACCUUCCCUUCCCAGUAAACACUAUGGAACAUUUAAUUCAGUAGUAUUAAGAACAACAUAAAAAUUUUUAAACUACUACUCCAUUUUAAUGAGAACAAGGUUCAAAACUGCUUCAGUUAACUUUUGGCCAUAUGAUUUUAUUUUAUCCAAAGGUGGGUACGGGGUGGGGUGGGGGGGAGUCCUAACCAGGUGUUCCUGCAUAUACCUACACCUGUUACAGAUAAGUACUACAUCAGGAAUCCAUUCUUAGCUUUUCCAUUUUUGCAUGGAUGUGUAUACUUUUGCACAUUCUUCCUUUUGGGAAAUCAUAUACGCUUUGUGGUCUUCUGAGAAUAGAACACCAUUCUUCAGAGAACGUGUCUAGCCUUUAGACAAAAAAAGACUAGCGUGUCCUCCUCCUCCAUCUUUCCUACUGAAAUACAGCGCUGGCUCUCUAUGCUUCUUGGUAGCUGUAGAUGUUAAAAAGCAUCUCUCAAUACAGGAUUAUGAUUUCUGCAUGAAUAUGGAAGUAACGACGUUGUAUUUGGAAAGAUGUCAGGUGCGUUCUGUCUCCAUGGUUUUAUUUAAGGCAGGACACUCUAUAAUCAAAAUGUAGUUUAGUGCUAAAAAUCAGUGUGACUUAAAAAUGGUCUAAAAUGUUUCUGCAAAUUAGAGAUAGUCACUUCUUUCAUUUGUACCUAAGAGGAGAAAAAUAGGUUCAUCUGGUUAAUUUGGUCUCUGUAUUGCAGUUAAACAUAUUUCAAUAAUCCUUGCGUUUAGGAAAAGUACUCCCCAAGAUGAGGAAAAGGAAGUCGUGGAAUAUUGAAUGGUUGCCUGUGAAUAGGAAGUCAGUGUUUUUUGAAAGCUGUUCUUUGCUUGCUAUUAUUUUAGCCUUUAUUCUCCACUUUAAGUGGUGAUACAAACUAAACAUUUAAAGAUCUAUUGUUUUGAAUUCUGUCUCUCUUUGUGUCAGUGGAAAUAACCAUAUAUGCUAACCUAAUUUCUGUGAAGAAUGAAACAUGAUGGUUAUCAUUAGAUCUAGCUAUAACCUCCCCAUAGUGAUGAAGAGUAUACCGAAAUGCCACUAUUAUGGAAAUACAAGAAUUAUGAUCAUGAAAAAAAAUUAAAUCUUAGAAGUAUUGAAUUAAAAUAAUACUGUGACUGUCUGCUACUAUUUACUAUCUAAUAAAUCUUCCAUGUGAUCUAGAAGUCCUAUACAAUAGAGUUUGCAGAAAAAGAUGGAUAUAAGUGUCAAAAAGAAAUGUUUUAAAAGUUUUUUUGAUGUGUUUUUUGUUAGUAGAUUUGGUGGGUGGAGGGAUAUAGUCUAACUUUUACUCUUUAGUGGAGCCACUUUUUGUUAAUUACUCCCCUGUGAAUUGUGUGAUUCUGGAUUCCUUAUCUGCUGUUCUUGUACUUGUCUCAGGCCAAAUAAACAUGCUGUGAUUCUUAUGAGACUUGUAUGAAGAUGCCCUGAUUUGUGCAGACUGACCAGGGGCAUACUACUGCCAUGUAAUCUGUAUUAGCUCCAGACAAUUUGCCAUGAGCAUUGAAAGAAUGACCAUUUUUUACAUUUGUUUUAUCUCCCGUAAGAGCACAGUCUUUUUCUGUAAUGAGAAAAGUUGCAUUCUGGCUAAGAUCUGUAGAAGGCAGAUUUACUACACUUAGAAUCGUGUUAGCAUUGCCUUUGUGAAAAUUUUGAAAUUCGCUUUCAUCUGAAGUGCCUUAAGUAGACUCUUACUUUACUUUUCUAGUAAUGGUUUAAAUAUUAUUUGUUAUGCAUUGUUAAAAUACUAUUAAAAAUGACACAUUGUAGUGGCAAAGAUAACCAAA